UUAAGAGUGAAACUGAAUGCACUUACGUCAUUUGCAAUUGAUCUUGAAAACUACGCAGCAAAUAGACUGCAAGUUCCAGUCUAUACAGACAGUACACAGACAGAUACAGGCAGUAAAAUGGGGAAAAUCUUUCAAGUGUUUGUCGUGGGAUUGAAAGGGGAAAGGAUGACUGUUGAUGUUUCGCACACUGAGACAGAGUUUCACGCAAUGCUCGUUCGCAAGUUUAAGGAACUCUUGAUGAAGAAAAUGCCUAGAGAUGCAGCCAGGGCACAAGAUCUGCGCAUUCUUUUUGCUGACAAACAAUUGGAGGAUAACAAAACAUUCGCUGACUACAGCAUCAAGGAUCAAUCAACAGUCCUUUUGGUGUUACGUCUGCCCGGAGGAGUGGUAUAGAGAGAAGGUUUUGGAGGGCUUAUCAUACCGCUAAAAACGACAUAUUCCAAUGACCUGAUGAAUCUGUCUAAUCGAACUCUGAAAACCCGAAAUCGCUAUGUUAUUCGAGGAAGGCUGACGUAACCGAAAUGUUAACAUCACUGCGUGUUAAUUACUUUAGAAAUAUCUUUCAUAGCAUUAAUACGUAUGUGCUAUGAUAAAUCGCAACUUGUAUUUUAACAUUUAGCCUGUAGAAGAACUUGUUUAUUUGUUCAUUCCUGAUAAGUGAUCUGUUGUAUUCCUAAUAAAUUGCUCACAUUGGUAAUUUAUACAAUUACGAUAAGAUUUGUUUUAGUUUUACAGUGUUGGGUAGUGAAACCAUGUACAGGUCCACCUGUUUUGGUACAGCUCAGUGGCUUGCCAGGCCAUUAUGGAGGGUCAGUUAAGAAACAACCUAAUUUAUCUGGUUCUGGAGUGAUAUGUAAGGACAGGCACUUUUCCUUUCUAAGUGUUGACUGAAAGAGAUGGCUUUUUUUUAAAACAACAGUUGACAGUUUUAUGGUGACCAUUGCUAAAACUGGCUUUUAAUUCCAGAUUCAUAAUGAAUGUUCCAAAUUUAAGGUCAUUUGCCCAAAGUAGGGGCUCACCGUAUAUGAUUAACAUACAAGCAUACAAGAAGAUUGGCUGGCAGCAGAAAGCAAAGAGUAUGCAUAAACAAGAGAUCAGCAAGAUGUGAUGAGUGGGGACCUACAAUUAUCUAUGCUGAGCCCUUUUCACAACUUCUAUCAAUGAUAUAGAUAGGGAUUGAAGGAAUAGUGGCAGAUGACAUACAGCAAAUUAGGAAAGUAUAUUGUGAAAAUGACAACAAGGCUGCAGAGGCUAUACAUAACUUAAGCAAAUGAGCAAAAAAUUGGCAAAUACAGUAAAAUGUAAAAAUAAUGGAAAAGUAUGAAGUUGUUCAUUUUGGAAAGAUGAAUAUAAAUGCUUAUAUAAUUAUAUAUUAUAUAAAUGGAGAACUGCUGCAGAAUUCCAAGUUACAGAGGGAUCUAGAUGUUCUUGACAUGUCACAAAAAGUUUGUAUGCAAUAAGAGCAAGUGAUUAAGCAAGUUAAUAGAAUGAUAUUCUUCAUUAUGAAAAAAAUUGAACAUAAGGCUAAAGAUGUUAUGUUUCAGUCAUACAGGGCAUUAAUAAAGCAUCAUCUCAAACACUGUGAAGUUUCGCUCUCCUUACUUGAAGAAGGAUGCAAAUGCAUUUGGAGGCAGGUCAGAAAAGGUUUACUGACUUGAGACGUGGAAAGAGCAGGUUAUCUUAUAGGAAAGAUUUGACAGAUUGGGCUUGUUUUCACUAGAAAUUAAAACAGUGAGGGAUGAUUUGAUUGAAGUCUUUAAGAUUCUGAAUGAUCUUGACAAGGUGGCCAGGAAAGGAUGCUGUAGGUGAGUGCAGAACUAGGGGACACUGUUUAAAAUUAGGGCUUGAUCUUUGAGGACAGGGAUGAGGAGAAUUUUUUUCUCUCAGAAGAUUCUCAGAUUCUUGAACGCAUUAUCUCAGAAGGUGGUGGAAGUGGGUCAUUGAAUAUUGUUAAGACAGAUAUGGAUAGAUCCAUGUUAGGCAAGGAAUCAGUGGUUAUUGGAGUGAAUGGAAAUGUGGAAUUUGGAUCACGAAUGGAUCAACUACAAUCUGUUGAAUGGUAGAGCAGCUUGAACGACUGAUGUCUACUUCUGUUCCUGUUUGGUAUCUUUGUACAUAUGUUCGUACUUUAACUUUGAUUUAUACUUGUGUCCCACGCAUUUGUUUGAGCAUUAAGAAUACUAGUCCAGUGGCAUUUGCACUACACUUCAACUGAUGAAAAUGAUGAUAACAGUCUAUAGCAUCUUGAGAUUCUAAAAUCUAACUGCAAAGUGCACAGACUUAGACUCAAGAAAGGAAUGGUUCAUAUUGCAUGAAACCUAAAUCCUAAACACUGACUUUGUCAUGGAACAAGUUCAGUGAUUAGAAAGUUGUUUUCUUUGAUAUAUGCCAGAAUUAUAACUAGCAAGUUUUAAGGAAAAAAAAAAUCUGGAUCUUCCAAGGAGCAGCAAUCAUCCUUAAAUUUCAGCUCCACUCAAACUUAUACCCUGAUUCAAUGCUGCUUCGAGUUUCUUGCCAGGUCUUGUGUGACCAGCUUUCCUAGAAAUGCAGAAAGCAGCAACUUCUCAGAGAGUUCAGUCACAGUGGAGUGGAGUUUGCUCCUCUUUUAAUGCUUUGGUUCAAUGCUGUACCGGAAUGGGUGCGAGGAUAAAUACAUGAAUAGGUAGGGUGGUAGGAUAGAUAAGUGAAUAUGGUAAGUGGUUAACUGGGUGAAUUAAGUAGGUAGGUGGAUUGGUAAUAGCUGGGUAGGCAGAUGUCUAAGGUGUUAGGCAGGUGGAGUGCCUAGGUCAAGGGUCAUUCAGACACAGGGAGAAGGUGCAAACUCCACACAGACAGUUGCCCGAGAGUGGAAUUGAACCCAGGCCCCUGGUGCUGUGAGGCAACAGUGCUAACCACUGAGCCACCGUGAAGAAGCACAAGCAAUGGAGACACUCAGUGGUUCAGACUACAUCUGCUGAGAAAAUAGUCAAAUAUAAUGCACUGCAUGUUGUAUUUUGGAAUAGAUUCCAGAUAUGACAGCCCUGUAUCAUUAAGACAGUUAUAUGACAUCAUAACAUAUGUCCUUCUGGAGUAAAAAUGCAGGCCUCGCUUUCACACAUUCUUUCGAGAUAAUGGAGUUAUUGUAGUCAAUUGGUUAUGUGUGUGUACUGUAGUAACACCAGUAAACACAGAACUCAGAUUUAUUUGCACAUCUGUGAUAUUAUAACCUGUCAAAAGAUAAUGUAAAUAAACUUCAAGAUAUCUCGCUCAACAGAA